GCACUUCCACCGACAACAGUGCGACAACUCGGCUCUCAUCAGUUGAUCACUGAUCCCAGCUCCGCGGUCAAGGAACUAAUAGACAAUGCUCUUGAUGCACGAGCUAAAAGCAUAUUUGUUGAUAUCGCCUCUAACACCAUCGACUUCAUACAAGUUAAGGAUGACGGUCAUGGCAUUCCCAGCGAGGACAGAGCACUUGCGUGCCGUCGCUACUGCACUAGCAAGAUCAGAGACUUCCACGACCUGAAGGAGGCAGGAAGGAAAUGGCUUGGCUUCCGUGGGGAAGCACUCGCUAGUAUGGCUGACAUGAGUGAUGCCGUCCUCAUCACGACCCGUGUGGAGGGUGAGCAAGUGGCUGUGAAGCUUACUUACCAGCGUAACGGUGAACUCACGAAGUGGGUUGUACGAUUGCUGGAGUCGGCAAGGGUUCGAAGAGACUUGGUUAUCAAGAAUUCAGUGAAAUCCCUCGCAAAGACUCGACGUCUCAUCCAAGCGUACGCACUUGCGAGACCUGCCGUGCGUUUCAGAUUACACGUUCUCAAAGCGAAGAACAACAAAGGUGACUUUGUCUAUGCGCCGAAAGCCGAUGCCAAUGUCGAAGAUGCUGCUUUCAAAGUCAUCGGCAAGGAUUGCGCCUUACAGUGUGACUGGACAGCACUUGAAAUGAGCGGCUACGAGUUGCAUGCAUUUCUACCAAAGCCUGCUGCAACAGCGUCAAAGAUCGCAAAUCACGGUGCUUUCAUCUCAGUCGAUUCCAGACCAGUUUCUGCCACGCGAGGUACUCUCAAGAAGAUUGCCUUGGCUGUCAGAAGCCGACUACGUAAGGCUCAUUCAACGUUGUCUGACGUCAAAGAUCCUUUCUUUUGCCUGAACAUCAUCUGUCCGGUGGAUAGCUAUGAUCCAAAUGUCGAGCCGGCAAAAGACGAUGUCAUCUUCGGCGAUGAAAGCCUUGUCAUCACACUGGUAGAUCGCCUGCUGAUCUCGUACUAUCCCGAGAAUAUCAGCAACUCUACCGAAGAGAUUCAGUCCGAGAAAUCGGUGAUCAUGCAGUCAGGCCAAGAUCCAGACGCGGAGCCAUCAUCUCAGACACUGUCAUCUAUCCAUCAAGAUAGCCCCAGUGAGGAGCUCAAUGUGCCGAUACAGCAACCUCGAUGGAGGUCCAGUAUGUACGGUAUUGACGAAGAAGAUCUGGAAUUCUUGCAACAAAACAACCCUGUCGCAAUCGAGGAGGAAGAAGAUUGUCGCGAUAUAUCCAUCUCAAACCCCUGGACCAUCGCUCGUAUGAACGCCCCUGUCAAAUCCAGAGGGCCUACCAGCAACAGGCAGCUACUGAGUCCUGCAAAGAGCCAAGAAGAUGCAAACCGCGCGGUUCGAUCCCCUACACCAGUGGCGACACCAGGUCGGUCUAGACUUGUCGAACCUCUAACGCCCCAAACGAUGUCACAAGCCAACGUACACAGGGACACACUCGAUGGUGAACAGCUGCGAAGUACACAACACUUGAAUCCACUUGCUGCUUCAGAGAACGUCUCCUCUGUCACCCAUUCAGGCCCCCGACCGGAUCGCGCCUUGGAGCACCCAUCGUUCGAUGAGAGAAUGUCUUUUGGCUUUUGUCAGCCAGCACCUCAAGCCUCGACCCCAGAUUCAUCUUUUCAGUCAUUCACAGGCCCAACAGAAAUACAAACUAACCUGAGAUCUCGUAGAGGGCUCAAAACAAAAUCAAAUGUGUCACUAGAUCCACAAUCAAACGUCGCUUGGUUUGGACAACCCAUGCGUAACGCGCCCAAAGCUGCUCGCCCACAGAAACGUUCCCGACAGAAAGCGCCGCCCGUCACUGUGACCGAGGAUUCCUUUGGCUCACGGUAUUCGCUGGUGUUACCAGCAGCUGAACGCCUCACUGAGCCAAGGUUGGCCUCGAAGAACAAUACCGACAUUCGUGAGUUCUUCGGUAAGUCGAGACGUGUGCCAGACGAUGUGGCCUGUUCUCCUACAUAUAGAAACAGGCAGCCACAGGAUGUUUUAGACCAGCCUCGAGCGCACGUCGAGCAGGAUAGUCCAAUGGAAGGUUCAUCACACAGAUCAAAAUCAGCUGAUCCAUACGAGCGCCCGACAGUCACGGCUCGAGAGAUGAACGCUGUCUUCGCGCUCCACCAAAACACACCUCCCAGCCAAAUGUCAAGUUCAGCACGCGUUUCAAACCCCAUAGAUACUGCGCAACCAACUCGACCAGUCCAACGCCUACAGCGUCGUCGAACCGCAGACACUACUCUCCACCGCACCAAGUCCUCCACCCUACCCCUCAACUCCACACCCCUCGGCUCCGAGACACACAACUUAUCCCUCACCAUCAACACAAGCGUUUCCUCCAUCGAACAAUACGCGCGCAAACUCGACAUGACCGCCAACAGCCUCGAAUGGGGCUACGACAGUACGGACGCAUUCGAUGUCUUCGGUACGCCGGUCUCAGAGCGCACGAUCAUGCAGUGGGUGGUCAGAGUCGACGGGCUACUGCAUGCAAGCUUCGAGCGGGUGGAGGGCGUGGAGGCUAGGGGCGCGUUGCACGAGGGUGUUCAGCGCUUCCUGGAUACGCGUAGGGAGCAGCGAGAGCGUGGGGAUAGGUGUGCGAUCGUUGCUGCAGGCGGACAGGAACCUGUCGCUAUGGAACGCGAUGGUAUGCGCCGGGAUACGGACGGCGUGCCGGAGCCGGGAGGUGAGAUGGGGAGAGACAUGAUUGCGGACUGGGUGGCUGGAACAGCAACUGCGGAUUCUGCGAUUGAGUCGGACGAUUGCCCAGGGGGAAUGGAUCUCUCCCCGCUUGUUGAGCUUGAUGGCGACGCGAGGCAAGGUUCUCCCGUGCUGGUUAUCAAGGCCGAGGAUGACUUCGGUGAUGGCAUUGAUGAUGAGAUGUUGAUGGAUCUAUGAGGGGCCGUGGAGAAAUGAGGAGCGCUUGGGCAACGUUCGGACUCUGACCUGAUAGCGAUUUUAGGCGAAGGGCAGAGUAUGUUGCAGGAAAAUGUACGAUUAAGAUGAAGCA